GAUGUGUUCUUUUUAUUGGAAAAUUUAAUAAAUAUCUUUAAAAAAAAAAAAAGAAAUUUAUGGGCUAUAUCCAGUGCUAUUUUUCUAUAAAAAGUGGUGCUGGAACUCACCACAAACACCUCCCUGGUUCUCUUAGAAUGGCAAUAGCGCCCACCUGAGAGGUGCCAGAGCUGAGUUUGGGUAAGUUCCGGCUGAAAAAAGCCCUGGCUGAAUCCAGCAGCCCUGCAGCGGCACAAAGGACGUUUGUCCACUGAACUGAACUUCCUAUCUCCCUCCUGUCCCUUCCAGCUCUCUGCAGCCCCUAACAAUGUCAGCUCUUGUGGGCUGGAUGACUAGAGCAGAUUUUGGGGAGAUUUAGGGGCAGAAGAGCAAACAAAGUUCCGCUUGCAAAUAACCCAUUAUAUCUAAAAUGAAUAUACUGGGAACUUCCUCUCCGAACACCUUAUUUGUCACCUCUUUCUUAAAAUCCUUUCUCAAAAUUCACCUUUAAGAAAAGGCUUUGAUUUAACUUAUUGGCAGUUAUCCUGAACCAAUUGCAUCUUCUCAUAUUCACACAUCUACUCAGAAGCAAGCCCUGUUGAGUUCAGUGGGACUUUCCACCAAGUGAGUGUGUGCAAGAGUGCAGCCUAAAUAUAAAAAAAUAGGAAAGUCACAUUUAAACUCAUUUUUCAGUUCUUCCACCCAUUGUUGAGUUCCAUAGUUCUAAUAUGCCCUUAUCUACAGGCACCUGGGAUUGAAUUGGCACAGCAUACUUAGAAGCAAGCUUCACAAGGCACUAAGCAGAACAGGGAAAGGAAAAGCUGUUUGAUUAGGGGCCAGAAUGUCUCCAGCUUUACAAAAGGCUAGAUGCUGCUGCGCUCCCAUUUUCAGAAAGCCCAUCCUUCAAAAUAAUAGUAUGGCUCACCUUGCUUUACAGGCAGAUUGUCUAGAGUUAGGCCUCAUUCUGUCAAAUUUUUUUCCACACGAACUAUCCUAAGCCAUCAAACCAUGCAGAAUAUACAAUCAUUCAGAUGCAAAGAUGUGGUUACACUAAUAAAACUGCAGUUAUUUUUGGUGGUAAGGAGGACAAUUUUUUUAAAGAAUGUUCAGAGCAGGGUUUGUCAUUAGCCAGUUUUCACCGUGCUAGUUCAGCCAAUAGCCUCACUGUUAAUACCAUAUCUUAUUUGAUAAAUCCUCUAGCCAUUGCAGAAGGGAUCAUCAAUACGGCUACAGCUACAAUUUUCCAAUGCACAAAUGCUGGUUAGCUAAAAGCCUGAUAAAAUACUAAUCUGCAAGUUUUUGGGGGAUAGGAAAGAAUAGAGCUCUCCACUGCUCCCCAACUGCUAUAAAAUGAAAGGGUUUUAUUUCAGUAUCUUAGCUUGAUAUUCUCUUAGAUAUGUUGUAGUAUACUUUGUGGGAAUUUACAUAUUCUGAAUACAACUGUAUUAUACAGAACAAUCACACAGCUACCUUAUUUGUUUUCCUCCUUAUCUGCCUAAGUUCAUUUCCCCUACCUUCAAGGAAGCCUUGGGGCCCUUAGACACAGUAUUUAUAGCAAGUGCCUUCACCGUCCCUUCAGCUGCUGUUUUCUUAUCCCUUACCUUUUCAGAGUUUCUCCCGCAUUUCGCCCCCUGCCAUUGAUACACAGCUGCUGCUGGGAUUCAAUCAGAAUUUUUUCCCCUCGGGAAAAUGCAAUGCGCACACCUUGCAUCCAGUAGAUAACAGCAAUGCCAGCCUGUCUUUUAAUUUCAACAUUGUCUGUAGCAGGUGCAGGAAACCCAGGGUCCUUUAGCCUCCUCUGUGAGGUUUGUUCUCAUAUCUGGUAAUGGCUACUUACUGCCCAAGGAAUUGAAAGUGCUCUUUGGAGAGCAGCGCAAAUGGGAGGCAGGGCUGUUUGCACUCUCUCCCUGAUAAACUGGUCAUAAUGCUCUGCUUAUCAGAAGGAAAAGUGAUAACAUCAGACAGGGUUUCACACAGCACAAGGCAGAUAAUUUGAGUUUUUAAAGGAGAGAUGGCCAUCCCCUAAAGGUUGAAAAGUGAAGAAAGACACAAGAUAAUCAAAUUUCUCUAAAAGUCUGGAGCCCUUUUCAGAACCAAGUAAUACUUGCCGAAGUAUUCCCUUGACUUUUUAACAACGUGCAAGAUUUGAGAGAGAGAAAUCACACUGAUUUCAAAUUUUAUUUAUUUUUUGAACUGGUCAGUCACCAGGCCCGUAAACCAGGUGAACUACAUGUUUACCUGAAUGUAUGUCCCACUAUAUUCAAUGGGGAUUACUUAAUAAUACGUGUGUUUAGGUUUGCACCCCAAAUUAACAGAGAGAUAGCAAUGUUAGUUACUUGCAAAAAACAAAAAGCAGUGUCUUGAGAAACCUUGAAGACUAACACAAAUGUAUUGUGGCAUAAGAUUUCAUGGACCAGGGCCCUUUUCAUCAGAUAACUUCAUGCAUUUCAUGAAGCGGACUCUAUCCCAUGAAAGCACAUGCUGUAACAAAUUUGUGAUAAGCCCUUAAGGUGUCACAAGUCACUUAUUUUUUGCAGAAGAAAGUGUGUGUGAGAGAGCACAUCUCUUACACACACACACCACACCCAAGCCCCACAGUUUGUAACAAUUUAGGUUGCAGAAAAACAGUCUUCUUGUACCUUAAAAUACUUUCUCUCUCCACAAGCUUCUAUUGUUUUUACAACCUAAAAUAGGCCGUACAAAAUGUACGACUAUGGUGUGUGAGAGAGAUUGUGUGUACUUGAUGUCAAGCUUUUCAGCUUUCUUUUACAAAGGUUUAACCCAAAAUGGUUUGUUUAUUUUUUGAAUAAAAACAACACAUGUUCUUGAAGAAAACUAUAGUAAGGCUAAUAUGUAUCUAUUCAUAAAACACAUUCAUACAGAAAGCACAGUCACGUAAGAAGACUAUUUUCAACGUUUACAGCCUGCCCUCUCCCAAACAUCUUCAGCGUGGCUCACAGAACAAAAAUGUUAACAACAACAACAAAAAGAGCAAUGCACAAAAAGACCAUGCAGCAUUAAAGUGAAACCCAACUUCUUAAUAAUAAGAAUAUCAUUUCCAGACUGUAAGUCACAACAAAUCUACUUUGGCGCAGCAGAAACACCUACUCCAAUGAAACUAUUCCUGAAUAACCUGCUUGAACACUGCAACCCAAGAAGCAGGUGUGUGUUGGGUGGGGUGGGGUGUCGAGGUGGGCUGGGCAAAUGAAGCGGGGUGCAAAGGAAGAAAUCGACGUAAGCUUGCAGGCGACAGACAAGAGACCCCAAAACUGGUUGGUGGUCGUAGAUCCAGGCGAGUGGGUGGGAUGGGGGCGGGCUGAGUUGAGAGAAGGGCCUCCCCCUCGCCCCCCGUCCCCUCGACGGCUCUUGGGAAGCCAGCGAGCGGGUCCCCUCCCCUUCCCUCCCCGCCGCUCAGCCCCUUUCCUCGCAGCCAGGGGUCAUGGGCGGGGGGGCGGCGGCAACUAGGACACGUGGGAGGAGGAGGAGGCGGCGGGGGAGGCGGCGGGGGUCUGGUCCCUCCUCGAGCAGCGACGAGGAGAUCAUUGCCAUCCUGCCGCAAUUUCCCUGUGUCAUGGCUCCGGUUUCCUAGCAACAGCAGCGAGUCCGGCCGGCAGCGGCGGCGGCGGCAGCGGCAGCGUCGAAUCAGCGCCGGUGGCAGCAGCAGCAGCAGCAGCAGCUCCGUCGGGCAGGAGAGGCGAGCGGCUUCCCGCGGCGGCGGCGGCGGCGGCGGCAGCAACCACAACAAGAAGCGGCGCCCGGAGCAGCGUCGCGGAGCGAGCGCAGGGCGACCCCCGUCGGAAGCCGGGCAGGAUGCCGGAGGGAGCGGGAGGCGCACUUGGCCGCAGGAACUGCUCGGUGCCGCGGCCGCUGGCUUCCGUGGAUCCCCGGCGGCUGCCCAUAGCCAUACAAUCGCGGCUCCUCUUCUAACCGGGAUCUGUACCCAUGAGCCCAAAGGGGCGUCGGCGUCGGAGGGGGGGCUCCGGGGGGUUGCUUCGCUUUCCGUCCGAGGUGUCCACUCGCCCUGCUGCAAAGUUUCUCCAUGGUUUCUCUCUGGGCUCCGAGGAACUUGCCUGCGGCUCCCACGCCCCGCGAUUCUCCCCGGUAAGAGAAAAGAGAUGGAGCUUCCCCGCUUACAAAAUGCUGCCAUUUUGAACCGUAAACUCACCCGGGGAUCCUCAGCAGCAGCACCCCCACCUCGUCCUCCUCCCUUCUCCCGAAAAGGCUGGGCUGUAGGAAUGGGGCUCCGCCAAGAUCUCUCUCCGUCCCUUCUCUGCACCAUCCUGUCUUUGUGGAGAUCCAGGAACAUCACUUUGUGAUUUCAUCCCCUUCCUGAAAAGUGGGGUGGGGGUGGGGAGGGACAGAGAGAGAGAGAGCGAGCCUGGCGCUUUGAAGGUUAUGAAAUGAGGUGCCCGGCUAAAAUGGUCUCACAAAUGGGCGCAGCCGCGCAGGUGACCCCCUUUCAGGCUGAAAGCACCUUGGAUGGAUUUGCUCCAGGAGUGAGUUUUAAAUCUGGAAAGUUGAAAGGGUGGGCUGCUCUUAUUCGCUGACUCUCCGGUGCAAGCUUCUUUUUCGCUGCCAGCUUUUUUAGCCCUCCGAUCCGCAGCUAUGCUGGCUGCCCCUCAUGCAGAGAUUGUCAACAGCGUCGCUCGAAAACUCUCUCUUCCCCCCGUAGGGACUGGCAACUUUGCUAAUGACACGAUGUAGGACAACAAAGCCCCAGGUAUGUCAACCACAAAUGUUUCAUUAGCCUCUGUCCCUGAGGCAGCCCACCCUCCCAGGGACGCAAUAAUGUUUAAACUCUCGCUGCAAGCAGCUAACUCUUUCCCAAGGGCGAGCAGCUAAUUUGUGCAGGUCAGGGUUAUUUACCCAAAUGGAGUGUAUUUUCAUUUAUGCCAGAGAGAACAGCAGAGCAAGUGGCGUAACUCGCUUAUUUAUCUCAAGAUGUUCAUCUGUCUUAUAGACUUGAAAUACAGCUGAAAGCUUGGGAAAUAGAGAAGAUCUCGAAUUUGGUUAACGGAACUAUUAGCUGGUAUAGAUCACAUUGGGCUAUAUAUCUGAGUGUUCUCUAAGUCCUGAAUUCUUCCAGAAUUUGGGCUAUUUCUCCAUAGCAUAAUAAUUACUAACAGAAGCUUUCUUUUUAGGAAACCCAAUUGCAGGACUCAUUCUGUUAUGCUCUUCUAAUACUGUUUUGCAAACAUCAUUUAGCAUGUGUUUCCCCAGCUAAGUUAAUGCGGAUCUUUGUCAUAGUACUGUAUGGUGAUUUUUUUUCAUUGCAUCAGAAGCUGAAGCAUGCACACAUGGAGAUUUAAUCAAGCCCUAUUAAUGAAGUAUCUCCCCUCCCCCCCAUCAAUCUACACUCUAUAAUAGUCAAAUCAUACCAGAGAAGAGGAGGGAAGGUUAAGCUGGCUGUUUAAUUACUUUAAGGUGCAGUGUAAGGACUAGGAAUGUUUUUGUUAGAAAAUGCAUGGAGUUGAAAUGAAUCAGAAAAUUGCUGAAUCUGGGGAUAUUUGGGAAAUGGGGAGGUUUAGCUGAUGAAGGAAAUAAGAUUAUCUAGGAUGCUGACUUAACCAGAUUUCAAGGCAAAGGAUUUAACUUUAGGCAGCAUGUUGAACUGAUUGCUUUUAUCGUUCUUAUAAUCUAUUUUGGACAUUCUGGGGAAAGUAAGGAAUUCUUUAGUAUUUUCAGACUGUCCUGUUGAAUACACAGGUGUUGCUUCAUUAUUUGAAUGCUCAGACUAUGAACCCCAAUUUCAUGUAAAUAAAAACCUUGCAAAUUAUUUCAGGCUACUUUGUCAACACAAGAACUUGAUUUGUUCCCCCCGGUGAUUCAAAGUAGUGCUCCAUCUCAUUUUAAAUCAGGUUUAGCACAGAAUCUUUCUGUUUCCAUCACAUUCUCACAUUGAUGGGCUGAAAAUUCACUGGUGUUACAUAACCAGUUACCUUGAACAUCUUACAUGAUUCCAAUCAGGCAGAUGUCCAGAGGAUAUCCUCACACCUUAAGCAUAAAGGAGGAUUUGUGUAGGUAGUAAAACAAAAUAGAUUCAGAAGGAGUUGCUUCAAAGAAACAUUUCUAACGAUGCUAGAAUUUGGUUAUUUCCUUUGUACAUUGACAGCUAAAUUUCACAUUCUAGUUUUAUAAAAGCACACAGUCUGUUCAGUGCAAUAAAUACAUGCAUGCCCAGUGACCUAAAUAAAACAAUUCAAGUUGCCUUUCUAGUAUCGUUUCCAACGUUUUCUACUGGAAAUGCAUUUUUCUUUUGCAUGGUAGAUCACCAUACCUAAGUCCCUUGUGUAAUGUAACCUUUUGGCCUCAUUCAAAGAAGAUGCCCUGAGGCUCAUAAACAGCUUAGCGACUCCUAUAACAAAACAGGAGCCUCCACAUUCAUAAUGAAACAGUACAGAUUAUGAAAGCCAAACAGUCACUCGUGGUGUGAUUAAGGCCACAUCAGGCUUCCUUUCCUACCCUUAACCAAGAUGGGAUGCAUUUCCUUAUUAUUUUAUCUUAAGAGGCAAGAAAGUGCUGUAUAAGGAACUUUAAAGCAUAACCGAGUUGUCUCUGUAAACUACUAUCGGUAGAUCAGUGUAAGGUUUUGUUUUGGAUUCUCUUUAUAAUGUAGCUCAACCUAACCCUUUCAUAAUCAGCUGAUGCAUCCAUUUUCGACAAACCUCCCACACUUUACCCACAGGGUAUUCAUUCAGGAAAGUACAGUCUGCAAAACAAGGACAAAAGCUCCAUUCUAGAGUGAGUGCUUUCUUCCACCUGCCUCUAUGAGUGUGCAUCUGGAGUAGAUGGUUAAGCCCAUGUUAACAUGGUCAGGGAAUGCAGGAUGGUAGAAGGAAAUCAGGAUUUUGCCCCUACUCCUGAUUUCCAUGUGUACAAAUAAACGGGUGCACCCUCCGGCUGGCCCAUUAUUCUUAGACCUGUUCUUUUGGCUUCAGUAGUCCUGACUAGAUUUAGGAGAGAGGCGAAAUAGGCAAAAGCUCACAAGUGAAGUUUGAGAAUUACUUAGAGUACAACCUUCCAAUGAAAUAUUUGCAUAUUUAUAAGGACACCCUAUUAUUUGUAGGGUGGAGCCAGCCUGCAGCCUAAUUUUUAGUCUACAUCAGAAAUGAGGAGGGAUUGGUGUGGAGAUUAACAGACAUGAAGUAUCAAUUCGUUCUUAUCAAAUAAAAUACUUGCCAUUUCAUGCUCUGAAACUACAGAGGAAAUGGGGGACAGGAGCAAUUGGAGAACCCAGAACAAACAAGGAGGAAAUGAACAGGAAGGAUGUGACUGAUGGGGUAGAAAACGGGACAGCUUGAGAAGGUGUUGGAGGCUACAUAAAAUGAGGCUGGGACUGUGUGACGGCACAUAUUGCCCACCUGUGUGUUAAAGAAGAAACCAAAAUCCCUGCUGAACCAGGGACUUCUUUGUGUUGAAUCCAUCCCAGUUUCUCAGUUCAUGAAAUAUAGAUGCUAACACGUUUUGUAUUGAUUCACGCAGAGCCAAUGGCAGUAAAUCUGCAGGAGUUUGGAGGGCUUCUACAAACCUGCAGGUCCAGGAUGAAAACAAACACACAACCACUAAAAUAAACUUUGCCUCUAGAAUGGAAACUCUCUAGCCUUUCAGAUGAUGUUGGAUUCCUCCCAUCUUCAGCUCCAGUCAGCACAGCCAACAAUGAGCAUUGUAGUUCAGCAAGAUCUGGAGGGCCACAGGUUCCCAGUUUUUGUUCCAGCUGCAUCCCCACCCCCUGCAUCCCCACCCCCUGCUGAACAACCACCCAGUUGUUCAGCGCAACAGAUCUUGAGAGUGUUUGUGAAGGUGUACAGCACCUUUGAUUCUCUGAACUUCACCUACUGAGAAAGUAAAGGCAGGGGGUAUUAUUGGGUCAGGUGACCAGGGAUAAGUUUUAGGUCUGCUUGCCCAAGGCAAUACUUCUAUGACAGCAGAGGACAAAUGAAAGCCUGCUCUCUAGAGUGAAGUCAAUUUAAAACUCACCCCGGCUGACAGACAGGGUAUGGGAUAUUGGGGCUACCUUCUACCUUUAUAGUAGUUGAGCAGAAGUUGGGGGAAGAGGGAAGGACCAUCAGCAAAUAAGUGAAAGCUAGUUAAGAGCAUGCCAUGUGUGGCCUAGUGGGGAAACAGAGUUCUAGGGUAGACUCUUUAUUAACAGUGUGGUCCUAUAUGUAUCUGCUGGGAGGUAAGCCCCGUUGAGUUCAAGGGGACUUACCUCAGGUUAGUGUGUGUGUGUAUAAGAUGUCAUAUAUUUUGUAGUUAAGUAUAGUUAUAUAUUUUGGUUGUUCAUAGACUGCUUUUCCACAUGCAUGCAUUCAAACCUGUGUUUAACACAUAAAAAGCAAAUAACCUGAGCAAGUUAAUUUAACAGUAAUACAUUAAUCACAAAACUGGUGCUAAACAAUAGCAGCAGCACCCAACCAAUAAAGGCAAGAAAAACUAAAUAAACUCCAAAAGCAAAUGCCUUGUCUAGCUACCUAAUAGUGAGAAAAGAAGGGGUUUGCCAGAUGUCCCCAGGGAAAGAAUUCCACAGUUGCUGAGCCACCACUGAAAAGACCCUGCACCUGACACCUGCCAAGCAUAUGGCCAGUGGUGGCAGACCUGAGAGCAGGGUUUCUGGAGCUCAUUGAAGGGCAUGGGCAGUUCAGUAUGAGUGAAGGCAAUCCUUCAGGCACUGGGCUGUUAGCAACCUUUAAAGGUCAAUAACAGCACUAAAAAUUGGGAUCAAAAACAGGCAGCCAGUGCAGCUUAUACAAAAAUUGCCAUCCUCUGUUCUGAUCACUGAGCAGUGGCCAGCAUCGUCAUGAACACAUUUAGCAUCAGCUGCAGUUUCUGAAGCAUCUUUAAAGGGAGACCCACUUACAAAACAUUAUAAUAGUCAUGUUUGGAUAUAACUAAGGCAUGUGUAACCAAGGGUAGAUUUGCUUUCUCUGGAUAUGGAUGUAACUGGUAAAUCAGUCAAAGCUGAUAAAAGAUUCUCACCUGCACACCCAAGGACAAUGGCAGGUUUGAAAGCACCCCCAGAUGGCACACUUGUUCUUUCAAAGCAAAUACAACCCUAGCAAGAGCACACUGUCUCCCUAUGUCCCCAAACAACAAUUUGCACCCGAUCCAUACAGCACUGCUCUAAAACAUCAUGUGGAAUUCAGUUAAGGCUGCUUUGCCAGCUUUGCUGUCAGCAAGAAGAGAUUACCUUUCACUAGCCCGACAACUCCCUCUCAUCUUUUCUCCCCUUUUCUUUUGUUUGCAAAUGCAUACAGGGCCUUAAUCAACCUUCUAUUAAUUUAUGCUCUGCAAAUUAAGUGCCCUGCUACUGUUCAGCAAAUGCACAGAUAGCGACAUUAAGGCCAAGUAGUCAGUUUGGCAAGUGGGUUGCGUCUAAGUGGCUAUUUUUGUGGUUAGCGUUAACAGCAAUUGGCGGGCUGUUGUAGACCUGCCUCCGUCUCGCACACACGUCCUUGUGUCAGAGUGAUUAGUCACUAGUGACUGAGCAGAUUUAAUAAAUGAAUGUGAAAUGUAAUUUGCAGUCUUAAAGGGACUAUGCCGUGUGGGCGGCUUUGCAAUCUGGAUCGUCCCCAGGCUCUCACGAUCUUUUUUUGUUUCUAUUCCCCGUUUUCCUGUAGGAGCCGGAGUAUCUGUAGGGAACAGUGCCCAGGGUAGCCAGCCAUGAUCGCCACUGGAGGCCUCUUGAGGAUCUCAGCCAGAAAACAGGAUCCCCUGCGGCCUCAGAGCCAAGUCCCAAAGCGCAAGCGCAAAGCCAAAAAGAAACGCAAGAACGACGUGGUGGUGGUGAAGGGCAAGCUCAAGCUGUGCUCCCUCUCCGGCCUCAUUGCUCUUUGUGGCAUCCUGGUGCUUCUCGUGGGAAUUGCCUUGGCGGUAGUAGGCUACUGGCCCAAGCCUCUUUACCGGGCAGGGAGCACUGGGGACAGCCAGUUUUUGCCAGCACAUGGGACUGCCACCAAAAGCCGCUCCAGGAACCAGACGGAAGACCCGAGCGAAUCUCACUCAGAAGGCUUGGGAGCCAACGCCUCCUUUGCGAGCAGCAAGAAGGGUGUCGCUCCUUCUCCACCUGCCCCCUCAUCCUCCUCCACUUCCACAAGCUUCCUCUUCCAGCUUUUCUCGCGGUAUUUGCAUUCGGACAAGCUCAAGGUGCUCGGGCCUCUCAUCAUGGGCAUUGGAAUCUUCCUCUUUAUCUGUGCCAAUGCAGUGCUCCACGAGAACCGGGACAAAAAGACAAAGAUAAUCAACUUGAGGGACCUGUACUCCACUGUCAUCGAUGCACAUAGCCUUCGGACCAAGGAUGGGGCGCCCUCAGCUCCUGUCGCCCCAGUUCCUAUCAACGGCUUCAUCAACUACGUGCAACCUCGAGGGCUGGAGCUGAAACCCGGCAGUGGCCCUGCGGAAGCCCUGGGGGCUGCAGGUGUGCUAGCCAAGGGCAGCUGGCACCCACCCGUGGGUGCCCCUCUGUCUCCUCCAGACUUGGUUUCCUCGCCACGCUCCUCCUCUUUCUCUUCUAGGCAGCCGCAGCCACCCAGCUUGGCUGAGGCUGUGUACAGCAUCUAUCGGGAGAGAGCUGCCUUGGCCAGAACUGCUCGUAGCCCGCCUUGUAGCCCCCCAGAUGGCUGGGACCAGCAUAGCACAGCCAGUUCCAUUGUGGGUUCCUCGCUCAGCACUUUCACUUUGCUGCCUCUGGCUCAGGGGGAGGUGGCGGAGGGAGAGCGUGGCGGCUGGCGGAGGCCGCUGGGGGAACGAGGGGCUAGGGAGAUUCCACGGGGAGAUGUGGAGCUCAGCCUGAAAGAUCUCAGGAGCAGCUACCUAGACACGGGGCAAGGGUAUACAAUGCUGCCCAGGGCAGGCAAGCGCAAAUUGGUCCUUAGACGCCAGAGCACAAGCUGCCUCCCUGAUGCCCGGAGAUCCUUCUCCCCAGAACCCUCUCAGACUCUGGACAGUAGCACAGACCUCGAGUCCAGUCUUUUAGUAAAAGCUUCAUCUUCCAGCUACUCCAAAUCCCUCGAUCUGGGGGACUCUCCCCCUCCAACGCCACCUGUGGACAGGAGAGAUUCUCAGAGCUCUCAGUGUGAUCAACACAGAAGCAAUAAGGGCUACACCCCAUUGGAGGAGACAGGCACCUCCUUGGAAUCUGUUGCCAACACCCCAGCCCAUAAAACCCAGGACUGUGAAGCGAUCCCCAGUGGGGAAUCUGACCCCUCUGAGGGUCCCAGCAAAGAACAAACGGAGCAGCGGCCUUUGAAAGUGCAAAGACAGUACACAAAUAAAGAGAAACUUUUCAUGAUCUCCAGAUCAAAUGCCAUGGCCGGGCUGGAAGAAGGAGACCCGGAGAGCAGAGGCAUGAUUUAAAUCAGAGCGAAAUGAAAUGGAGGCAAGCACCAGAACAAUUUGUGAUCCUUCUGCCCCCUUGUGGAUCUAGGAACUGGUCAACAUCCAAAGAGCUUGAGGAAUGUUCUUGUGGAAUGGCAUCAAUAAAUUCCUGUAGAUGUAUUCAGGAAAGAAAGGAAGAAAAACACCACCACCAUCUAACAGGAGUUUGUUCUGUUUAAUUGUGCAACUAUAUUCCAUUGCAAGCCAAAUUGUAUUGCACAUUGACAGCUGAGUAAAUUCUUUGGAUCAAAGGAAUAGAACAUUACAAUAAUUGUGGCACUUUACUGAUUUUUUUAAAAUUCCAGUUGCGCCCUUUCAUUCUCUCUUCAUCUCUCUUGGCUUUUGCCAUGGCACUUAACUGCACACUCUUGUCCUAGCUUCUGAUAGAGGUGACUUUCAAGUCAGAAUCCGUCUCUUUUCCUUCCUUUUAAUGUUUGGUUAGAAUGACGAAGUACUAUGGCAAAGGUGGGAGGUGGGAAACAGCUUUAAUUUUUGUAAAAGUGUUGGCUGAGGAAAGAUUGGAGAUGCCCUAUGGCCAGCAAGCUGCAAUUCUACAUUCCUAAAUUCAAGUAAUAUUACUUUAUGAAGUAUUAUUGCACAUGUAUGAAUCAAUAGCAUUAAUAAGCAUUUUUAAUUUAAAUAAAAUAUAUUUACAAUGAGAAAGUAGAUUUAGCUAAUGUUUCAUUUCUGACUAAAUUCUUAUUAAUGAACUAAGCCUUGUUUUCAGUGUAGGACUUUGAAUUAUUAUUUUUAAAGACAAAAAGGCAGGGGAAUAGGUAGGGGUGUGGGUGGGUGAGUGUUGAAUUAAGGAGAACAAUGGUAAAAACUUUCUUAAACGAAGCAGAAAAAAUGUGGUUGAGUUAACUAAUUUAAAACUUAAAAGUCUUCUGCAGGUGGAUAGAGCAUCAAGGCAAAAUAAAGCACUUAAAUUCCAUUGUUUUCAAGGAAAGAGACAGUGAACCAUGUGUAUAACACUUCUGAAAUAAAUUAAGUUACAACACAAUUCCAUCUAUGGUGAUUCAGGAGGAAGCACCAAACUAGACAUGAUGUUAAUUGCAUGCGUGUAAUGAAUGCACUUAAAAAUAAACAAACAGAAGCCACACACACCCUCCCUGGUGCAUGGGUUGUUCAGUGGCUGGGGAGAGGUUAACCCUUCCCUUCCUGUCACCCUAAAAUCCUCCUCAGUUGCAUCAAGACAGUGUCUUCACCCACUGUGGACCUGAUGCAUAUCAGUUUUAUCCCCAGCUGCUGUUUACACUAUUAUUGUUAUUGUUAUUAUUUUAUGCACUUUGACUGCAUUCACACAAUUAACAUCAAAUCUAGUCUGGCCUUUAGUUGCAUUGUGUUGGGUAGGCCUUACUCCUAGGACAGUGUGCGUAGGAUUACAAAAGUUAAAAAUGCCUAACUUUAAUAAAUAUUUGCGCUUAGGAUUGUAGCCUUGUAUCCUGGUACUAGGUGCACAAUUUGGAAAUAUCCUACUGAAAUGAAAGAGAUUGAAGUCUAAAUAAUUUGUGAGGGACAGGGUAAGAUUGCCAGGUUAACUUUUAACAUGUUUUAGCAAUUAUGAGAUGCUUUUAGUAUCAGUUUCAUCUCACAUGCAUUUACAAAGACAAAGUAGAACACCUGAGAAGUUGUCCUAACAAGCAUUCUGAUGCAGCCGGUACCAGCUGGCCUGUGUCUCAAGAAAUAUUAGCAAAGUGACACCAAAGAAGGUAAAGUGAUACUAACAAGGUAAAAUGCCAGUGUUUUGGAUAUGGUACUUAGCCCUGAUUUCCGUAGGUAUAUCCACCCUCCUUUGACAUUUAUUCAUUGGUGGCUGUUUCAUGCAUGCAAGACAUUCCUUAAUGUUGCAGUCACAAAGUGAUGAAUAUACAUGCAUGAAUUCAGCCUUAGGUGGGGUUUAUUAGAUGGUGCUGAGGCAGACAGGAGAGGAUGGCACAUCAUGUGUACAACCAGAGAAUAGCCCAAACCACAGUAUUCAUGAAUUAUGUAUAUCUGUGUUUUGAAGCUAUGGAUAUGUACUUGGAAGUAGGUUCUAUCAAAGUUAAUGCAUUCAGUAUGCUUAGAUAAUGUGGUGCCAACCUAUACCAGUCCAUAUCGAACUAUACCUUGAUUAAAUCUGUCUAUCUGGUGCCUAUUUGAUUAUGGAUUGGACAGUAAACUACAUUUGAAGUUAGUAUUCUGACAUUUUAACUGGGAUUUAAAACAGGGUAGGGCUUGGGUUUUCGUUUUGCCCGUUAACAUAAAUCGUAUGAGCAAUAAUGUGCAAAUAAAAAAAAAACUUUUUUGAAAUUCUGGGGAGUGGAAAUGCUAAAUGUUAAUUUGAGACGUCAAUUAUCAGUGUUGGUUCCCCCCCCCCCUUUCAUUUUUUUAAAAUCUGAAAGAUCUGAGAUUUAGGGCAGGCUUAUGCCUUGAAACCACAGGGAACAAUUAUGAAUGGGUUAGCUCCAUAGGCAGCAGUAAUAUGUAAAACAGCUUGCUCUGAUUAUGGAUAGAUUUUCUGUGCCAGCCCCAAGAACAACCAAGAAUAUGCAGUUCUUGUGUUAACCAAUAAUAUGUGGGUGAUCAACAUGAUCCAUUGCUUCCACAUGCUGUGUUGGUCCCGCAGAGCUAUAUUUUUGCUGAAGCAUUCCUAACAGCUUCCACAUGGUGACUGUAACCUAAGAACUGCCCCUUGGUAAUCAGAUUCCAUUACUAUC